GAAUGAAUUUAGGAAUUUUGUUUGUUUUGUUUUGUUUUGGAUUUGAUUUUUAUCUUUUUUUUGCUCACCAAUCAAUUGAUUGAUUGGAAAAACUUCAAAGAAUCAUGUAUAAAUUAUUUUUAAAUAAUCAAAAUUCAAUAAUUUUGAAUCAUUUUCGUAAAGCUGUUAAAUCAGCCAUCAAUCAAUCACAACAACAACAACAUCGAGCAUUAUCCGAUUUAGUUGAAGUUUUUAUCGAUGAUCAAUCGGUUAAAGUUGAACCAGGUACAACCGUUUUGGAAGCUUGUGCACGUGUUGGUAUUGAAAUACCUAGAUUUUGUUAUCAUGAACGUUUAUCAAUUGCCGGUAAUUGUCGUAUGUGUUUGGUUGAAGUGGAAAAAAGUCUUAAACCUGUAGCAUCAUGUGCUAUGCCUGUUAUGCCCGGAAUGAAAAUCAAACCGAAUUCGGAAUUUUCAAAAAAAGCACGUGAAAGUGUUAUGGAAUUUAUUCUAUUAAAUCAUCCAUUGGAUUGUCCGAUUUGUGAUCAAGGUGGUGAAUGUGAUCUACAAGAUCAAUCAAUGGCAUAUGGUUCGGAUCGUUCAAGAUUACGUAUCGAUUUGGAUGAAAAACGUGCUGUUGAAGAUAAAAAUAUCGGUCCGCUGGUACGAACAAUAAUGACUAGAUGUAUUCAAUGUACACGUUGUGUACGAUUUAUGAAUGAAAUUGGUGGAUGUCCUGAUCUUGGUACAACUGGUCGUGGUACUGAUAUGCAAAUUGGUACAUAUUUAGAAAAUGUUACAAUGCUUAGUGAAUUAUCUGGUAAUAUUGUUGAUAUUUGUCCGGUUGGUGCUUUAACAUCAAAACCAUAUACAUUUACUGGACGUCCAUGGGAAUUACGACGUUAUGAUUCGAUCGAUAUUUUUGAUGCUGUUGGUUCAAAUAUAAGUGUUUGUCAAAGAUCGGGUGAUCUUUUACGUAUUAUACCAAGAUUAAAUGAAGAUAUUAAUGAAGAAUGGUUAGCAGAUAAAUCACGUCAUGCACCGAUUGAUGGUUUGAAAACACAACGUCUGACAACACCAAUGUUACGUCCAUCAUCCAAUUCACAUCUACAAGAAUGUGCAUGGGAAGAUGCAUUAAUAUCAUUAUCACAAGCUAUUGAUCAUUGUGAUUCGAAAAGACUUGUUGCUAUGGUUGGUCCACAUACUGAUGCCGAAACAAUGGUUGCUGUAAAAGAUUUUUUCAACAGUUUUGGUUCCAAUAAUCUUUACGUACAUGUUGAUUCAAAAUUUGAUCCAACAAUAUUUCCAAAAUCAUCGGAUUUAGAAUCACGUUAUAAUUAUUUAUUCAAUACUGGUAUUGCCGGUAUUGAAGAUUCAGAUUUCAUAUUAAUUAUUGGUUCAAAUGUACGUUUAGAAGCACCAUUAGUUAAUCAUCGUAUUCGUAAAGCAUGGCGGCAAAGUACAUUAAAUGAUAUUGCAUUUGUUGGGCCGAAAAAUAUUGAUCUUUCAUAUGAUUAUCAAUGGCUUGGUGAUGAUCUAAAUACAUUACAACAGAUUUAUUCGGAAACACAUCCUAUUGUGAAAAAAUUAAAAUCGGCUAAAAAACCGAUAAUAAUUUUAGGACAACAGAUUUUAAAAUCCGAAAAUUCAAAAGAUUCAAUUUAUUCGGCUGUAAAAUUAAUUAGUGAAAAAUUUAAUGCCGAUUUUAAUCUGUUACAUUCGAAUGCAUCACAAGUUGCUGCAUUUGAUUUAGGUUUUAAACCAAGUUUUGAAAUGAAUCUGGAUGAUAAUAAUCAACCAACAGUUAUGUGGUUAUUUGGUGUUGAUGAUAAUGGUCUUCAAAUACCGAAAAAUUGUUUUGUUGUCUAUCAGGGACACAAUGGUGAUAUUGGAGCAAAUCAAGCUGAUUUAAUUUUACCUGGUGCUGCAUAUACCGAAAAACAAGGUAUCUAUGUUAAUAUGGAAGGACGUUCACAACAAACAUUGGCUGCCAUAACACCACCAGUAAUGGCAAGAAAUGAUUGGCAUAUUGUUCGUGCUGUAUCGGAAAUUUCUAAUCGAACAUUACCAUAUGAAAAUCUUCAAGGUAUUCGACAACGUAUGUCACAAUUAUCACCAGAAUUAAUGAAUUAUAAUAAUAAAAAUAUACGACCGAUUGCUAAACGACCACCACCACCAUCAACAUCAUCGCAAUCAUCAAUGAAAAUAAUAUCGAAUAAAAAAUUAAUACCAAUGAUGAAAGAAUUGGCCGAUUAUUAUCAAACAGAUAUUAUAUCACGUUCAUCAUCAACAAUGGCUAAAUGUGUACAAUCGGUACAAAAAGAAUUGAAUAAACGUCAACAACAACAACAACAACGCCAACAGCAAUAAUGAAAAAAUUCAAU